ACAAAACAAAAGCAACUUAUACUUUGCUUACCAGUUACAUCAAGGAAUUGAACUGUGCCACAUAUUUCUUCAGCAUGUCCUGAAGGACAGAGCCGUGGCCUGGUCUGUGUUUACAGAUGCUGCUGCGCCAUAAAAAUGUAUGUAAUGCUUGUGGCAAGUGAAGAUUGCAUUGCUGACUACAAAAUUACUCUGGGUAUUUUCUUUUCAAGAUAUGCUGUAAAAUAGUAUUAAAGAACAUCAUUCAGAGAAGCUUUUGUUUUGUGAUAAACUUUUAGAACUAGAAUGGCUUUGAAAAUAAUGCCUAAAAUAUUCAAGAAAUUAUUUUUUCACUGGAAACUUUGGAAAUUUAGCAUUAUUGUGUUUGUCUUUAUAGUAUUUUUAUUUUUACUGCAACGAGAAGUUGGUGUCCAAGAUUUUAGAGAUGAAGGAGGGAUUGAGCCAGUUGUCAGAAAGAAGAGUCAUGUAUUAGGUCUUGUGCUAAAUGCUAUGAACAAUGUCAAUGGUGCAAAGCCAAAAAUGCAGAUAAAAGCACCUGUAAGGCAAACUAAGGUUCCUGGAGACAGACACUGUUUGCCAGGACACUACACUACGAUGGAACUGAAACCCUUUCUAGAUCGACCUCUUCAAGAUCCUAACGCUCCUGGAGCUUCUGGUAAAGCAUUUAAAACCAUCAACCUAAAUCCAGAAGAGCAGAAAGAAAAAGAGCGUGGAGAAGAAAAACACUGUUUCAAUGCGUUUGCAAGUGAUAGGAUUUCGUUACACCGGGAUCUUGGACCGGACACCCGACCUCCUGAAUGCAUUGAACAAAAGUUCAAGCGUUGCCCACCGUUGCCAACCACAAGUGUUAUAAUAGUUUUUCAUAAUGAAGCAUGGUCCACUCUGCUCAGAACUGUUCACAGCGUGAUGUACACUUCUCCUGCCAUACUGCUAAAGGAAAUUAUUUUGGUGGAUGAUGCCAGUGUUGAUGAAUACUUGCAUGAUAAACUUGAUGAGUACGUGAAGCAAUUUCAGAUUGUUAAAGUAGUCCGUCAAAAGGAAAGGAAAGGUCUAAUCACUGCACGGUUGUUGGGAGCUUCAGUAGCAACAGGAGAGACCCUCACCUUUCUGGAUGCUCACUGUGAAUGCUUCUACGGCUGGUUAGAACCAUUGUUGGCAAGAAUAGCUGAGAACUCUGUUGCUGUUGUAAGCCCUGAUAUUGCAUCUAUAGAUCUCAAUACUUUUGAAUUUAGUAAACCAUCUCCUUAUGGGCAUAACCACAAUAGAGGAAAUUUUGACUGGAGUUUGUCAUUUGGAUGGGAGUCUCUUCCUAAAUAUGAAAAUAAAAGAAGAAAAGAUGAAACCUAUCCAAUCAGAACACCUACUUUUGCUGGAGGUCUCUUUUCAAUAUCAAAGAAGUAUUUUGAACACAUUGGAAGUUAUGAUGAUGAAAUGGAAAUAUGGGGAGGUGAAAAUAUAGAAAUGUCUUUCAGAGUAUGGCAAUGUGGUGGACAGUUGGAGAUCAUGCCUUGCUCUGUUGUUGGCCAUGUCUUUCGCAGCAAGAGUCCCCAUACUUUCCCAAAAGGUACUCAAGUAAUCACACGUAAUCAAGUCCGCCUCGCAGAAGUCUGGAUGGAUGAAUAUAAAGAAAUUUUUUACCGAAGAAACACAGAGGCAGCAAAAAUUGUGAAACAAAAAACAUUUGGAGACAUCUCAAAACGACUCGACUUAAGGCAACGUUUGCAGUGUAAAAAUUUUACCUGGUAUCUGAAUAAUGUUUAUCCAGAAGUAUAUGUUCCAGACCUAAAUCCUUUGUUUUCUGGAUAUCUAAAAAAUGUAGGUAACCACAUGUGUCUGGAUGUUGGUGAAAACAACCAUGGUGGCAAACCAUUGAUUAUGUAUUCUUGUCAUGGACUUGGAGGAAAUCAGUACUUUGAGUAUUCUGCACACCAUGAAAUUCGUCAUAACAUUCAGAAGGAGCUUUGUCUGCAUGCUUCUAAAGGACCUGUGCAGCUUCGUGAAUGUAGCUACAAAGGCCAGAAAAUCUUUGCCUUUGGAGAAGAGCAAUGGCAGCAUCAAAAGGGGUCAGAAGCAGAUGUUCUCAUUGGUGUGAUUUAUUACAUCGACAUCUUUCUCAAGAAAGGAGCUGCAGCUGUUGAAGAAGGCUUGAUUUCUGGCACAGACAACUCAGGCUUACUCCUGGCAGGAUGAAGCAGAUUCUAGAUGUGCUUUGAGGGCGGGUGGCUCAAGGUAGCUCCUGCUCUCCCACCAACAAGAGACCCUGCCGACCUGAUUCUUUGUGACUCUGCCUGGACACAGCACUAUUACCUGCACUGGGACUUCACUAGCUCAGCAUACCCUCAAGAGUAUCUGCCAGUCUACGUAAAUGCUGUGCCAUAUGAAACAUGACACCCUUCCUCUGGAUCUACAGGCAUCAGGAGAUAAGAGGAUCCCCUUCAACGUCUGCAGCCCAUGGGGGUAGGUCUCCUUCCUGUUUGUUUGUGGGUGCAGCAAAGGAAAGCCUAUAGAGAGACUCUAUGGGUUCCAUUCCUGAUUACUGUUUAUUCAGAGCCAGUGAGGGAGAUGACAUUUUUUUUUUACCACAGUUCUAAUUUGUCUUCAUGCAAACGUUAAGUGAAAAAUAAAAUCAACUCUUCUUCCAGGAUAAAGGACAGAUAGCACAGAGGACACUAGUGUUGCACUUAUAUAAAGUUGUUUGUAAUGAAAAGCCUUACUGUUAAACAAACUUUUUCCGACACUUAAGAUUCAGGAAGGAAGGAAGAAAAAAAAUGAGAAGACUAAGACUGGAAAAUGUUGAGAUAUUUCAUGAAUCAGAUGUUCUUAUUGAGGAAGAAGAGACAGCAAAAAGGAAGCAAUUACGAAGCACUUGAACAUUUGUUCCUUUGGACAUCUCUACAGCUAAACACCACUUAUUUAUCACUUCAUAAGCUCAGAGUGAGGGUAUCUACUAUGCCAUAGGAGUAGCCCUGGCAAGGAGUUUCAACUGACAGAACUCAACUAGCAAAAGAAGAUAAGCGGAGGAAUAAGACUGCUGUAGCUGGUGUCAUUGGCAAACUAAAAUCUUGCUGCUCAACAGGCCCGACAAUCAAAAAGUUGAAGCUUUGAUUCAGAUAGCUUGGCAUGUUUCACAUAUUUGACAGCGAGAGAUAAGUAAAUGCAUAGAAAAGUUCAGAGCAUCUUCAAUCAGUUAUCUGAUGGCGGUGGGGGGCAAUUUCCCUCAGUACAAGCAACUCAGGCUGAACAUCCAGAUGGUAGCCUUAAUCAUUUUUAUUCUUCAUUUUCUGUUACCUCAAUACUACUAAAUAGCUUUUAUUAUGCUGCUUUGGUCUUCUUUUUGCAUUUAAUAGAAAAAUGACUUACUUCUAAUUUCUCCAUUUUCUGAUAUACACAGUUCAAACAAGUCCUUAAGCAGAUCACUGUUAUUUAAUAGUUUGUCAUGAUUUGCAUUUGAAACUAUGGAAGACUUCUAAUUCCUGCUUUGGUAAUUAUUUUUGUCAUGAUCAUCAGCUCUUACUGAUGAGGUAAAUACUUUAACCGCUCAGCUUACAAAAGGCACCUACACAACCAUGCCCAGCCUGUCGCAUAUUUCUCCCCUUCCUGCAAAGCUUAAUAGCUUAUAGCUUUGCUAAGUAGUGAUUGAGCAUUAAGGAGUGAAUUCUAGUCAGGUGCUGUAGGCGUCCUGUGGACUGCAAAGUCACAGGCAUCAAGUGAGAUUAGACAGCAAACUGUAAUUUCAAAGAACCUCAGCUCCUUUUCACUCCCUUGCUGGAUGACUCCCUUGUAUUUUCUGAUUUUUUUUCUCCAUUUUGUGACGCAAAGAACAAAUGAAUUAAUGAAACUGAAAGCUCUGAACAUUUCUCAAACAAUUAACUGGUUAAGAUGGAAGAUUAUUAAGAACCAUCAAAUAUAUUUUUCUAUUCAAAACCUCAGGACAGCAUUGUGUUUUCUUGUUGUUGUAACACAUCCGAACAUAUGCAGAUGGGUAACAUUUUCCUCAUAAAGCUAAAGGUUAAUUCAUAACAACAGGCUAUAGCUGAUGAACACAUGAAGAGUUUGCAUGAAAAUCCCUUCAACUUCGUAAAAGGUAACAAAUUUGGGUUGGAUACCUUUGCCUGUCCGAGCUGGAAGUUCUCUUUUACGUUUUACACAAAAGAAACCAACACGGAUAAUAGAUUUUUAGUUUCUCCUACAGUUCACUGUAGAAAAAUUGAACUGUUAUAAUUUCAUAUCAUACCACUACUGGCCUCCAUUUGUACUGUCCAGCUACAUGAAUCGAGUAAGCUAAAGAUUUCUGCAAGCUCCUAGACAGAACUGGAAAACUGAAAACUGAAUAUUCUGCCUUAAUACUAAAACAAAUUUACCAAUUAUUGAUAAUUUCAUGACCAGCUUGCAUGAAUUCAGUUAAGUCACAUAUUCAUCUAAUGCAGUUAAUGUACUGCGAGUUUCCUUUCUUUGAAAUUGUUAAGCAUAUAUGCAUGUGAAAACAUGCACCAUCAUCACAUUUAGGUUUCAUAAGAUUACCUAGCUUAUAGAAAAUCGCAAAAUAGCAGAUUUCUCAUAGCAACUACCUAACAUUUUACCAUUCCUCAGUGAUACUUCUCAGGCACAUUCCCUAACACCUGACAGAUGGAAAUAGGACUAGAACAUUAUUUACAAAAGACAAACCCACAUCCUUUUCCACUUGCAUUUGUCUUGUUUUCAAAGUAAGUACAAUCUGUGCUGAUUUAUCCAUUGGUCUGCUGACUCAGGGGCUUUAACAUCACUCGGGGUCGUGCAAAUCAUUUAAAAAUACCUGAAUCUGAAGAGACUUUAUAAAUAAGCAGUAAAGAGUACUGUAGCUAACCUGUUGUGUUAACUCAUACCGUUUCUCAAAUGACAGUGCAUUUAAAGUAAAGCCUACCUUGUACCUUUCAUCUCAACAAGAUGGCUUUUAUGCUCAGAUUGCCAUUAAAACUUUCACACUCGGCUGCUAACAGUGUUUAUGCCACUGUCAGCAGUGCUUACAUCAAAGAGCUGCUUUACAUGACUAUAGUGAUUUCAAGAUGACUGUAGUCUUUAUCAUCUGCUUUUAAUCAACUGAAAUUUCUUGGCUCCUCACUUUUAGCAAGUAAAAAUAAUGAACAGUACCUAACAUUACAAACACACAAUUCCAAAAUAUUCAUAUUUCUUUUUUCUUUCUUUAAACAAGUUGUACAAAAGACAGUGUGUUCUACCCUGCAUAUUUUAAUCCAAUGGGAAAAAUUAAUCAGGGAAGCUGAAAUUUAAGAACAGAACCACAGAAAAUACUUUCUGUUUGCACAAUCAUUCUCAUCAGUCCUUCAAUCAAUCUAAUCAAUCAGAACAACUUUGCCUUCCUUCAGUUUCUUAUUUUCUUCAUUUUUCUGUGCAGAUAUGCAGUACUUUAUACCCAACCACUGAUUGAUCACCUUAGAAAUCUACAGCCUUUCCUUUCUGCAUUUAUUUAGAAACCAAGUGAACAGCAAAACAGUUCCUCCUGGAAGUCAGCCAAGGGAUCUACUCAGAGACACAGCUCACUUCCCACCUGAUGCUCUGAAGAUCCUGUGACGUCUAGAGCUAUAAUCUCUAAAUAGCAAUAAAUCAUUAACUCCA